AUGGCGAGGGUCGCGGCCGAGCCGAGCCACCGAGCAGGCCUCUGCGGGCCUCGGCGGCGCAGCGCGGCGGUAGUGGCACAGGCCUCCGAAUGCGCAGGGGAGCUCAGUCGCACGGUGCGCCAGGGCGCGGAUCCGCCGCAGCGCCCGGGGAUGUGCGGGCAGGUGGGCGAGCAGACCAUCGCGGGCGUCUUCGACACCGGCUCGUUCGAACUGUUGGUGUUCGGUGAGGAGUGCACCACGUGCGGGAAGGCAGUCGGUUACCACCACAGCUCCAGCCGUACCUUCCUGCUCGGCAACCACACGGAGACCCACUCGUUCGGAAGUGGAACGUGCCAGUCUCGGGACGCUUACGAUGAGGUCCACGUGGGCCCCUUCGACGCCAUGGCGUUCCCGUUCUGGGAGGUGGUGCUCGCGCAGAUGCCGGUGCUGCGGCAGGCGAACUUCCAGGCCAUCGUGGGCAUCGGCCCCCCUGGCGAGCCCGUGUCGACGGCCGAGGCUGCGGUGGAGGAUUUCGACGCGGAGUGAGAGUCCUUCAUCCUGCCCGAGGGGCUCGACGUGUGAGCUCCGAUACCGCCGGAGUGCUGUCCCGUCCAGGGCCGCCGUGGGGUCGCGAGCACCGAGAGAG